GGAUACAAGAUGGUCGAAAAAGUUUGGUUUUCUACAUUCUCAGGACUUUCGCGGUAUUUUUGUUCUCUUAUAUCACUAGAUUCGUGUCUAAGAGACAUUUAUUAGGUCGUUUCUAUCACGUAGUAAAUCUGAAAUACACAAAGUGUAACCGUAACCGGAAGAUUUCACGAUGCAAACGACUUUCUACAACCCGGAAGCUAGACAGUUAUGGCGCCGUUUUCAAAGUUUCCCGAACUUGGCCGACCUUGGAAUCGGGGAGUGGAGAAAAACGGACUUGAUCAAACUCCUCCACAAGGUCGAGCGCAAGAGAGAAGACUGUCCGUCACCCGUGCUGCAAAACCAGGUGGAAAAUAUGCUUGGGUUUCUGUACUUCAAGCUCAACAUGACAAAAGAGGCGAAAGCGUGUCUUCAGAGAGUAAAGGACCGUGACCCAACCAACAUCAUAGCUUUUACAACAAGAGGCUACAUUCUACUAGAGCACAAUCGUCUUACACAGGCUAAGAUUGUUCUUGAGGAAUUUGAAGACAAGAUGUCGCCUGAGAAGACAACAGAGGAUGAGAUUGGACUGAGAAACGCAGUGGCUUUAGGCGAAAAAGCGUUUUGCUGUUCACAACUUGGACCAAAGUGUUACAAGCGAGGAAUCGAACUCUAUGAAAAUGCCUUGUCUUGUUCGGUGUUGGGCACAGAGAGCAGACUUGUUCUGAAGUUUGGACUUGGCUUGUUGAUAUCCAAAUGUUUGGAUGAGGACGUUUGUGGACGAAUAGAAGGUUUUGAUCCGGAUUUGUUUUACGGAAAGGCAAGGGACAUGUUUCUAGGCGUGGUCACUGAGGGAACCAUGGUGAUGGCAGCUAGGGCGUGGCUGUUGCUAGGGGAGAUGCAAGUGAAGUAUUUCUGCUUUUUGUCCGGACCAGAACAAGAGCUGAUGAAGAAAAUGGCGUCACAUCUUACUGAAGAAGAAUGCUUCACCAAAGCUAAAGACACGGCGCAGGGAAAGGAUGCAUUUGUCUUAGAAAGACUAGGACGCCGUCUAAGACUUUGUAAGAAAUUCAGCGCUGCCAUUCCCAUCUUAGAACAAGCUAUAGAGCUCAAGCCAACUUCAUUUGCAUAUCAUGAAAUCGGACUGGUUUACCUAGAAAAGUGGGCAUCUUCUAAGAAACCCAGACCUUAUAGGCCUACAAGGAACAAAGACAUCAAACCACGUCUUAAGUCAUCAGCAAAAAUGUCUCAAGCUAGUAAUAUUCCAACUUCUCAGACAAAAGUUGCAGGGAGUGCGACAGAGUUUAACAGAGGAGACAUCUGGCGCAGUGUAAAACCCAAACCCCCUGAACCACUGGCAAAUCUGCAACACCAUCCCAAACAACCAGGUGGCACUGCAGGAUUGAAGGAGACCAGGACUGAGUGUGUUCAAAAAGUCGAAGCAAAUACCGACACCAUAAGAAGAGGACAGGUCGAUCGGAUUCUAACUGCCUCAGGGAAUCUUGUCUUAAAAGACGCCAAAAAUCCCUUACUGAAAAGAGCAAGAGAAUACUUCAUAAAGGCUUUUGAACUAGGAGGCUCUUUUCCCAACGUGAUCCUGAAGGACCUUGCAAGAGCCAAGUACUCUCUUGGCACGGAUCCUUUGGAAGUGUUCAGCAUUUUGGAGCAGGCACUCCGCAUGGGCGAUCGGUCGCCACAGUUCCGAAAGUGUGCUCGAAAUGCUCUGGAGCUGUGGGGGCUGUACUUACUCGAUCAGGGCGACAUCGCCCGCGGGAAAGUUCUAUUGUGUAAAGUGCUCGAGAUGUGUGUGAAAGAAUUGACACAAGCCGUACCCAUACAGUCAUCAGUCUGCGACCUUAUCUGUGGACGAGAGAAGAAUCCAACAGGAGAAGUCGCUACUACACUGUUAAGAUAUCUACCAGUGCUGAAAUGCUAUCCCUUACCAUCAUCUGUCUGUACAGAUGAUCAAGUACAAGAGUAUCUCAGCCAGUUGGUGGACACGUGUGACAAAAACAAUGACUUCUGCGAAGCAAAAGUGUACCGAACGUUUCUUACAGCUUUUGGCAUCACCGUGGACAAACAGCAUUUAACAGAAUGCAAUCUGGCUGUUGCUCGAAUCCAAGCAGACAUCAGUGAAGUCAUCUCAAGUGAUGUCUAUCGCGACACAUUCCAUGCUUCAGUAGCGCCAUCUGGUGGUCACAGUUGUCACUACAAAUCUGGUGGCCACGGUUGUCACUACAAUGUGUUUGUCAUGUAUGAUCCCAAGGACCAGGCCCAUGCGGAAGAGUUGGUAAAGUUGAUGGAGGUGGACUGUGGUCUGCAUUGCUGUUAUGAAUCUAGAGACUUUGAGCCCGGGUUGUUCCCGAUGGAUAACAUUGAAAGAUGUCUGUCUCGAUCGUGCUGUGUUCUGCAUGUCUUAACCUUGACCUACGCCAGGAAUUGCCUACAAUAUGUUGAGAAGACACGACGACUGGUGACGGAGAGGGACCAUGGGUGUGUGGCGGCAGUGGUGUACAAACAUUACCCUAUCCCACGGGAGUUUAAGGGGUGUACUGUCAUAGAUAAUGAGGAGUUCUUUGACUCCUCCCAAGGACAGAAGGACAGGAGAUGGGCGGAGUUUCGGGAGGCAGUGUUUCGUGCAUUGUUGCCACUAGAGUAACUCAUCAGUCAUCAACAAUGCCAAGAAGUGUUUUAACUCCUUUGUCUUUUUCUUUCCUUACUUUCUUGUAAGGUUUGUAAUUUCUUCCUGUGUCCCUUCCCCUUGCUUCUGUCUCUUGUAUGACAGACUUGAAUACAGUACAAUGCCUCCUUUUUCAUGCACUUUUCCUUUUAUUUCCUCUGUAGGCUUUGUUUUCAUGUGUCUGUAC